UGAAAUUAAUACCAUCCAUUUUCUCUGUUGUAAGAAAAAUAAAUAAAUACGACCGAGAAACAAAAGUGAAUAAAAAAGAAAAAUUUGACACAAACUAUACAACGCAUGCACAGUCACUCUCAGAAUCCCUUUGAAUUCCUCCACCGCCAUGGCCAUGAACUCGACCAAGUCCAACAACUUUAGCACCACCCUCUUCCCUCUCUUGGCUUCAAACGCAGUGCAAAAAAGCGAAGCUUUAACGGUGAAAGGAAUGAGCCAACUUGGGUUGAACCAAAGGGUCAAGAGUCUCAGAAAAAUCUCAUUGGCCACGAAAAGAAGACCAGUGAUGUUUCAUGGCGGACUUAGCGCCGCUGAAAAAGGGAAGGGAAAAGAGGUUCUGAGGGCUCACUUUUCGGGUCUGUCACCAACCUCACUACGUGUUGAUGGUGGCGACACUGAGAGCAUCUUAAGAGCGAGUAAGAUAGUGAGAGAAAAACUGGAGCAUGCAGUUUGCAACACUCGCACUCAGGAGAGUAAUAAGAAAGCCAAGGAAAUGCUGCAAGCCAAACUCCUCUCUGCUUCAGCAUUCACUUCUGAAAGUGAUUCUGUUGGUGAAACUUCGUCAACACAACUAGCGAUUAUUGCACCAACCCAAAGGGGAAGUUUUAUGAACCAUUUUGCUUAUCCCUUUCCCAACUGUAGCAGUUCCCAUUUGUCGCAGGCAGACACUGAGGUUGAUAAAAGCAUUACCCUUUGUGCAACUCCAUUGAGUGUUUGUUUUCCCCACGAAAGCGUUUAUGGGGCGAAGAAGACGAGAAACAGAAGCGUGGGUGAAGCGGUUGAGGAUGUUUGUGGCGGCAGGGACGAUGAGAGCGAAUACGAUGGUCGGAUGCACAGCAAUCCGUACAAGAAGAACGGGCCGUACACGUGUCCGAAGUGCGGGUGCGUGUUUGAGACGUCGCAGCGGUUUGCGGCGCACGUGAGUUCGAGGCACUACAGGUACGAGACGAAGAGUGAGAGGAAGAAGAGAAUGAUGGCGAAAAUACGGAGGAGGAGUCUGCGUCUUGAAUGGGAAAACGGUGCACUCACUGUUGUUGCUGACGAUGCUCCCAGAACAAAUAGCAGUGUCUUUGGUUUUGCAGGAAACAAUACCAACGUUGCUCCUGCUACUGCUCCUGUUGAAGUGAAGAUUGAAAAUGAGAGUGGUGUGAGGCUUCAGCUUGCUCCUCCUCCUGGGUGGUCAAAAGUAACUGCUGCUACACCACAAUCUGCUGGAGCUGUCAGAAUAAAAAUGGAGCCAUUAGACAAUUGAGUCCAAUGCUUUGUUUAAUUGUUAUUCACAGGAUCAGGAGCAGUUUGCACUGUUUGCGUUUUCUGUU